AGGCAUUCUAGUAGAGGAGGUGGAGGAAAACGAAGAGAAGCUAGAGUUAAGGCUUCUAUGUAUACUGUACAAUUUUUAAAGAUCAUAUCCAUAUGCUAUAUUAGAUAUUCUCGAUAUUCUACAAUUACAGAUGAUAAGUAUUUAUAGCUGACUAGUCGUGACCUGAGAAGUGUUCAGAAGACAUGACUUUCUUCUUUCGUCUUUGCUCAUGCCUAGUGCAUCCUUGCCUGAAAAGUACCAUCUCUAUCGGUAAAGUAGUGAUGAAAAGUACAACUCUAUUUUCUGUUUCUGCGUGAAUAAACCAACUCUUCAAGAUUACUUUUCUGUUCAAACAAAUGGAACACAGUAGACCGAGGAAUAUCUUCAGGAUUGGGGUGACCUCUAACUUCGACUUCGACAGCAGAGUCGAUAGCAGAUUUGACAGCAGAGUCGAUAGCAGAGUCGACAGCAGAUUUGGCAGCACAGUCGAUAGCAGAUUCGACAGCAGAAGCGACAGCGACUUUGACAGCAGGCUCGAUAGCGACUUUGAUAGCAGAUUCGAUAGCAGAGAGGGGAGCGCAAUCAUGCACGAUCUUCUGCCGCUCAUUUCAGAAGGUUCUGUUAUGUUGAAAAACAGGUCGUGAAACACAAACCAGAAGUCCCAUCAUGAUCUUCGUUGUAAUCCACGCUUCACAUACUUCUCAAAUUACAUCAUGAAGAAUCGUAUACUAUUACUGUAAGACUAGCAUACAUAUUUAUUAUUCAAUAUUUUCUGUUCAUCUAGCUACUUCUACAUGUUGAUCUUGCUUGUAGUUCUAAUAUCUAGGAGGAGGAGGGGGAGGACGAGUUUGACUCCUCAGAAUUCGAUUCGUCAGAAAUCGACUCGUCAGAACUUGCCUCCUCAGAAGUCGACUUUUCCCAAGACAGAACGUGGGAGGCGCAAUUUUGUGAGGACAGUGUUGCGAUUUUACAGGGACUGUCAGCAGGAGUGCAGGACGUAGUCGUACCAGUAGUUGCGAACGGAACGACGACCACUUCCCAAACUCGAAGUAGAACUACACCAGCAGCUCUUACUACUCUUCAUUAUACUCCCGCGCACUCGAACGGCGCAAACAGGACGAUGUUAUGCUGACUCGCAAAUUGGAUCGAAUUCGAAGUAGUAGUACUAACUGAUGAAGUAGAACAUUCAUUCUCCUAGUAUUAAGUAUGCUUUUUUCUCUAGCGAGAUUAAGGUAGUAGAUGAAAUCUGAGACAUACUCUUCUUCACGGAAUUUUGAAUUUGAAAUAUAUCACAAUGAAUUACACGGUAGAGCCCUUCACUAACAACAAGUGGCACUACAAGUAACGGAGCGAAGAUCGACGCUCCUCGUUCGCCCGAUGAGGCAGUUGUAUCCAGAAAUGCCACGUCCAAUUCAGAAAUUCCUGUGAGGACGCAAGUAGUUGAUGGCCUUGGCGGCAACCACAACUAUCACUUCUUCUAUAGGGAACCUCCAGAAAGUGGAGAACAUGCGGAAGAGGAUGAGCUGCAGCAAGGCAUGAAUCUUUCCUCAUAUUCUUAUGAUCAAAUAGAAAUAUGUGACUCUCUUCUUUUUUGAUUGGUGUACACACAUUGAUAUCGAAUAUGGUUACGUGUGGUGCUGCUAAGUUGUAUUUUUGAAUCGGCAUCUUCUUCUGUGUGGUCGGCUCACCAGUAGACACUAAUAGCUACAUAAGAGCAGGUACCAUGUCAUGACAUAUUUCUAUCUAGUCCUGCUGUCACUCAGAAAUGACGAGAACAAAUAGUGUCCUCUUCUAAAAUAGAGACUCCUGCACCGAUGACUCAGGGGAUGAUGACCUGCGCAGCGUCGAACUGGAGUUUUUACGCAGAACAAAGAGGAGGCGUAAAGAGAACAUCGGAGGAUCAGGUAGCAAUAGAUGUAGACAUGGGGAUCGGCGAUGGGACGGGGAAGGUGAGCCCUCUAGUGCUAGACGUUUCGAUGAAGAUGAUGUUAUGAUGCUCAAAAACACUAGUGAAUGCGAGGACAUGCAUAAGAACAAUUAUAGGUGAAUUACAGGACACUUAUGCAAGUGAUAGUGACCCCAAGACAAGUUUAUCUUGCCAUCCAGGAAGUCCUCCUCGAGUAACAAUAUUUUCUCUGUUUAGCAAGAGGCGGAACCCCCAUAGUUAGAUGCUACCCCCGCUUCGAAGCUACCCCCGACUCGGAGCUACCCCCGCUUCGAAGCUACCCCCGCUGUGUAUCUUCGAAGCUACCUAGAAGCAUUUUUGUAAGAAAUACGUACUCCCUUAUCCUUGGUUCUUUCAUCAUCGGAUCCACAUCGCAAUCGGCGAAUGGUCAACAGGGAAAUGCUGGCACAGGGGAACCUUUCGGAGAGCCUCCAUCCGCAGAGAAAAAAGACAAUGACGGAGAAUUGUGAAGAAUUUUCACUUUCACUCUCAAGAAUAACAUUUGCAGUUCUUCUCAUUGCACAAAGACAAAUUGAAAUUUAUCUUCAAACAUAGCCAGCACAGUUCCUACGGGCGGUAAUGAUGCUGCAUUACUCAACAAUUUUAUCGUCAUGCAUAUGCUGAGCCUCAGCAGCUGAGGAGCGUCAAAGAAAAGAUUUAACUUGUAUCAUUCUUGUUGAAAUUCUUGAACCUCGUAACAACAACAAACACAAACUGAACAUGAUUACACACACCUAAAACUUCGUCUCUUCAAUCAAUACGUGCAUUCGCAUUCGCAUACUAGAUUAUGAAGACCGUAGCUUUGUAUGUACAGAAACUCAAACCGAUUUGCAUCUUCGACUUGUAUUCCUUAUUAAUAUUAUACCUAGUAAUAAACUACAUCAAAGAGUGUGUGUCGUCCAUAUAUUGGCCCAUGAAUGAGAAAAACCAAUCUUCUGAGAGACAAACAUGCGAUUGACAAAUCCUACUUCCAAUAUUUUGUAUCCCAACUUUGCCGCUGAAUCAAGUGCGUUUGCCGAU